AGGUAUUAUAUACAUAUAUAUAAAUGGCUCUUGUGACUUGUGACGCUAUCGUUUUAUUUAUUCAUUUACUCGCAAUGAGAAAAGGUCCAUGAGGACGUUUGAUGAAGAGGGUCAGGAUUCUGAUCCUGGAAUUCGUUGACUACGAGUUUGACAUACACGUAGCCAUAUGCAUAUGUAAUUCUAGAAACUAUCGUUUGCAUAUGCAAUGAUUUCCGCAAUUUUCUUUUAAUUAUCGUCCAACCUUUUCCGGAAUUUUUACGAGUGUGUGUGUGUGAUUGUCGAUUAUGUAUUAUCGUUUCUUCGAGUUAACAUUAUUGUUGUAAUUCAUAGAUUCUUUCAUCAUGAUGAACAUUAAUACAAGAGUAUUCUUUGACAUUGAAGUUGGUGGACUGCCUAUGGGUAGAAUAGUAUUUGAACUUUUUUCGGAUAUUUGUCCUAUAACAUGUGAAAACUUUCGUGCUUUAUGUACUGGAGAAAAGGGACUUGGAAAAACAACAGGCAAAUCUUUGCAUUAUAAAGGCAUCGUUUUUCAUAGAGUUGUAAGAGAUUUUAUGAUACAAGGUGGAGAUUUUUCAAUAGGUAAUGGAACAGGUGGUGAAUCAAUUUAUGGUGGUACAUUUGCAGAUGAAAACUUUAUCAUGAAGCAUAAUAAGCCAUUUUUGUUAUCAAUGGCAAAUUGUGGUAGAGAUACCAAUGGCUCGCAAUUCUUCAUUACAACACAACCAGCGCCUCACCUCGACAAUGUCCAUGUGGUUUUUGGAGAAGUAGUGUCUGGGCAAGAAAUCAUUACACACAUUGAAGGACUUCCAGUAGACCGCAUGUCUCGUCCAUUACAAGAUGCUAAGGUUGUAAAUUGUGGGGAAUUGGUUUUGAAGAUCAAGAGUAAAGCAAAAAAACGAGAAACGAAGCAAAGUAGUUCAGCAGAUUCCGAGUCUGAUUCGUAUGCUGAUAAAGCAAAGAAAAAAAAGAAGAGCAAAAAAAGUAAAAAGAAAGCGAAAUCAGAAGACGGUGAAAUUCGGGAUUCGAAUGAAGAAGAUCACGGACAACCCCAUCCGUUAGCAUCUGUUACUAAAAUUGAUCCUGACGAAAUUCCAGAAGUACCGGCAAAUAAAUUUUUAUAUAGAGCGGGAUCUACCAAUAAUGCAAAUCAGAAGGAAUUUAGACAACAUUAUGGAAGAGAUCGAGUACGAUCGCAUAGAAAGACUGGUCGUGUUUUUAAGGGUAGAGGAAUAUUCCGAUAUCAUACUCCUUCUCGAAGUCGUUCCAGAAGUAUAACUCCACCUCAUUGGAAACAAGCUCAAAAUCGUACUAUCAAAUUGCACGAAUUUCAAAAAAUAGAAAAGGAACGGAUCAAGAAAGAAGAAGAGUUUGAUAAACUACGUGAAACUGACAGACUUAAAAAAUUCGCAGAUAAUUCUGAUGAAAAUCAAGUGCCAGAUCUGGAUAACAAUAUAUGCACAACAGAAUUGAUGGAAAAUAAAGAAAACGAUCAGACAGAUGAAACAGUAACUAUGAAUAAAAUAGCCUAUCAGCAAGAUAAUGCAAAGAGAAACACAGAAGACAAUGACAUUAUGCAAAACAAAGAGGAGAUUAAACAAAAUAAGAAUGAAAAAUUAUUAAAACGUGAUAACAAUCGAUCUUACAAUGACAGGAGUUCCCGACGUAAUUCGAGAGAUAGAAGCAGAAGGCGUGGACGUUCUCGGUCAAGAGAUCGUCGAAGGUCUAGAGAGAAGAACUAUGAUCGUAGAGCAAGUCGUGAUAGAAGGAAUCGGAGAAAUUAUUCUCCCCGUAGACGAGAUUUUUACAGAGUUAAUAGAAGAGAUAAUUACAGACACUACGAUAGACGUAACGAUAGACGUCCAAAUAACUUUAAUUCCUAUCAAGACAACGAUAAUACUUCGCGUUAUGAUAAAAAUAAAUAUAAAAGAAAUGAUAACGUAAUGGAUACGAAUCAACCGAAAUUUAAACGUCGUUCACGAUCAAGCAGUUCAAGUAGCCAGCAUUCCAAGACAUAACUUAUAUGUUAUGUCAUUUCUUUUCUUUUACUUAUUCUAUCAAAUAUGAAAAACAAUAAUAUCAAUUAUAUUGUCAAAGAGAAAUCACGAAUAUUAUUAGUUUGUGGGUCAAGUGCUAUAUAAAUAAUAAUAGUUGCUUUCCAUGUUGUUCUCAAGUAAUACUGAAUCAUUCAGUUAUAUAUUUUAUAUCAGAUUAGCGACGUCAUUAUUCAGUGAAUAAAAGGAAAUAAACAAAUACAGGCAAAUACAGGCGAUGAGAUUCAUAAUCUUAUUUUUAAUGUUAGUCUAUUAGACUUGUACGACCUCAAGUUUGUUUAAGUUAUAAGUAAAAACUUAGUUGAAUCUCACUUGCCAACAUCAAAAGGUGCAUUCAACUGUUGUGACAUCUGAGUUAUGACAUCAUAAGUGAGAAUUAUCUGAGUUUUUAUGUAUGUAAAAUGUAAAUGGAAAGCAACUAAUAUCGCAGCUAUAUAACUUAUUUCUCUUUUGAUCACUUAUUACGCACGUGUUUCACUGUGGAGUGUACAAUAAAAUCUACCAUACGUUUGUAUAUUCUCUUACAAGAGAAUAUCUAUAUUUCAAAUUUUCUUUACCUCUUUCCUAUAUUAAAACUGUUUAUAUUGAAUAUAUGUAUUGUAUUGCUUGUAAAAAACGAUAUUUUCAAAAUAUUUCCAUAUGAAAACUUUCUUAGAACUUUCUGAAUCUCUUUCAAAGUUCAAAAAUCAUUGUCCUACUUUAAUAACUUUCUCUCUCUCCCCCUUCCUGGUUUGAAAAUUGAAUCUUAAUGUAAAUUAGUUAAAUGAUUUUAAAAAUACACACACAC